AGGUGCGGUGGUCGUGGCGCCGUCGUCACUACAGUCGCCGCACUCCUCGCUGCACCCGCCGCGACAACAGCAGCAUCAGUCAGGUCGGCGAGAGGGAAGGAACAGUGGCAGCAACAAUGAGGACGACGGAGGCGGUUCAGACAGCAGCGGCGGCCACCACACCCACAGCGGUAGCAGCACUAUGAAGGGCGCCAGCACACAGCUAGGGAUGACCCUGAGUGGCAGCAGCAGCAGCCCUGUAGAACCCAUCAAGCCCCUGAUGGAUCUAACCUCUGGGUCGGCCGGAGGGUCGCUCCUUACCAUGCCUCUACACCCGGUGUUUGAUGAGGCGGCCCCACGUAACGUGUCCAGCCUUACCAGUAAUGCUGCCUACCUGCACUGUCUGGUGCACAACUUGGGCAACAAGAGUGUGUCGUGGAUCAGACAGAGAGACCUACACAUACUGACAGUGGGCCGCUAUACCUACACGACGGAUCAGCGCUUCGAGGUGAUCCACUCCCCGGGCUCCCAAGACUGGAUCCUCAAGAUCAGUUACGCUCAGGUUCGCGACUCCGGUAUUUACGAAUGUCAAGUGUCCACCAAACCCGUGAGGAGUUUCGUCGUCCGCCUCAACGUGUUCGCGGCGCCCCAGGCAGAGAUCAUUGGAUCACCUGACAUGCACGUAGACAAAGGCUCCACAAUCAACCUCACCUGCAUAGUAGAACACAGCCCAGAACCCCCAGCCUUCAUCUUCUGGUAUCACAACGGCAAGGUGGUGCAUUACGACUCUCCAAGAGGCGGUAUUACUGUGGUGACUGAAAGAGGCAAUACAACCAGGGGAUACUUACUGAUACAGGAUGCUAAGGCUUCCGACACCGGGAACUAUUCUUGUGCUCCCUCCAACACAGCCGUCACCACUCUCAGGGUCCACGUACUUAAUGGCGAGACUCCAGCAGCCAUGCAGACCAGCGGGGGCGUGGCCACUAUUACCCCGUUUACCAGCCACGCCUCCUCACCCACCCUCCCCUUCUUCUUCUCCCUCCCUGCAGACGCUAAAGGGGGGCCCCUCUUUGGUGACCCUUAUGUGGCGGGUCAUGUGAGGGCGGGUGUGAAGUGA